AUGCUCGAGCGAUAUGCUGAGGAAGUCACCGUCCAGGGUCUUGGAUGGGACGGUCCGUCCUGUCAGGUGCUGUUAGCGUGCGCCCUGGCAUCAUCUACUUCGUCUAAGUUUGUACCAUUGACCGACGAGGAUAUUACUAUUGACUUUGAUCGGCUCCCGCCACCUCCCAUGUCAGACGCCAAUAUGGAUUUAGCUGAAACCUAUUUCCACGCAGCGAAGCAGCGGUUCGGGUUCCUACACACCUCCCCGACUGAUAUCCAGUGCUUCCUACUUGCUGGUAGCUACCACAGACAUGCCAUGCGUCCUCUGCAAGCCUGGUUCUGUUUCCAGCAAGCGUCCUGCAGGCUAGAAGUGCGGCUACGGUCUUUGUGUAGAGAACAAUGGACUGCCGAUGACAACUAUCAUAACCUGGAGUCUCGUCUAUAUUGGUCCUGUAUUCAAGCCGAGCAUGAAAUGCAAAGCGAGCUCCCUCUCUGGAGUAGCGGGCUUGAAAGCCUAGGUUAUUCGGAUCCAUUCCCAACAUUCUCCCGCAAAACACCUCCUUCUUAUGACCAGAUGCAGGAUGAUUCCCAGGACUUUGCAGUCAAGCCGGGAUUUAAACUAAGCGGCACCGAAGAGGAAAAGGGGUGGAAAUUCUACAUAGGAUCUAUCUGUAACCGCCGAACCACUAAUGACCUGCUAGCCGAUAUGUGGCGGCAGGGUGAGAAAGGCUGGACUAAAGAUAUCCCUGAUCUCCUGAAAAGAUCAGCUGCAGCAGAGAGUGUCGUGACUUCAUGGUAUCAAAUCUCCAUCGCAGGAAUACAAUCGCCGAAAGACAAUCCAGACCUGAUGUUCUUCUUCCGCGGCCGGUUCCACAUGGCUCUAGAACGGAUCUACAGACCAGCUUUCUACUUAGCAAUGCACUUCCAGACUAUGCCAACCUUCAUAAAGCAGGACAACCAAUUAUGGCUGCAAGUCUUCGGCCUAGCCCAAAAAGCAGUGGAUAACUGCGUCCAGCUAAUCCCAAACUACUAUUACCAGUUUCGCCACGAGUGGAUCUGGAACGUAAUCCGCGCCAGUUUCUCCUGCGCCCUGCACAUCAUCGGCGUCGUGCUAUACCAGCUCGAGGCGUCACGGACACCAGGAACUUGGCAGAUGCGCGUGCCGCCCAAUUGGGCUGGUCUUGUUCGGGUUUCGCUGCGCACAUUGAAGCAUUGGGCUGCUGAGUCUAUUGAUAUUGAGAUUAUGCGAUCGACCCUUGAGAGGAUGUAUCAGGGAACUUGUAGGUUGGCUAAUAUUCGGCCUGAUCUUCAUAUGUUAUGA